AUGCCUCGCCGCAAGAAGGACAUCGAUGACGGUUUAGACUCCAGCUCUGAAGAGGAGUAUGAGUCUUUCGACAUAACCGAGGCAGAUCUUCUUGCUGAAAGCGAGCUCUUUGCAGGCAAGUUGCACAUUCUUUUUACGAAAGAAGAAGCUUACCUGGGGGUAUUUGCAGAGACAGAAGCCGAUGAGAAUGAAUCAAGACGAAAGACCAGUGAAGUAAGAUUCGUCCAGUCACGCGCAAUGUCCCCAACUCGUGAGCAAUUUCAGCGGACUCGAGCUAAAAGCAAAGAGACUGAAAAUUUUGAGCAGUAUGGCAUUGGAUUCAAGUUAUUGCAAAAGCAAGGCUUUCAACCAGGUAAAGGUCUCGGCAAAUCAGGAGAGGGCAUAGCCGAACCUAUAUUAGUGAAGCCGAGACCCACGAAAAUGGGUUUAGCUUAUCGCAACUUUCAAGAGAGGACUCAACAGGAAAUAGACGAAGACAGGACGAGACUGGAUGCUGGUAAAGAGGCUGAGAAGGCGGAAGAAUCUCGACCACAGAGAAAGAAAGCAUGGAAGAAAUCAGCAGAAAAGAAGGUCAAGAUUACAUAUAAGACUGCGGACGAAAUUAUGAAAGAAGCAAGUUCAUUUCCUGCAAUGCAGCCAAUAAAAAUUAUAGACAUGACAGGACCACAGAUUAGAGAAUUAUCUUCAGCUAGCGAAAUUAGUUCCCGACCGAAAGAGACUUUCACGCGUCUUCCCGAAUUGCGACAUAAUUUGAUGUUGCUUGCAGAUAAAGCCACUGCAAAUCUAGAACAUCUGACAAGAGAAUUACGAAUACAAGAACAAAGAACAAAGGUUUUAGAGCAGGAAGUUAAGAUGAAAAGCGCGCUUUUAGAAGAGAAAGAAAAUGUGAUUAAUGACUUUAGUGGAGUCUUUAAGCUUAUCAACGAAUGUUACGCCAUAUUGACAAGUAGUAAAGAAACUGUUACACCAUCGCUUUAUGUGUUUAGCGAGCCGUUUGAAAAAUUGCAAACUGAAUAUGAAGUUGAAUAUGAGCAAUACGGGUUGGAUGCCGUUGUUAUUGGUCUAAUAACUCCUAUCUUCAAAAGGAGUAUUGUCGACUGGGAUCCGUUAGAAGAUCCAACGCUUAAUUUAUCCGCUUUUCAACAAUGGCUUCCACUACUAAAAAUGAAUUUGCCAGCUUCUAGACGUCUCGCAACGAAUAAUAGUAAAUUUUCGAGUCAAGUUGCGAUGACACCAUAUGAAAGCAUGAUGUAUAAUAUCUGGCUACCAAAACUUCGUUCAGCGAUCAAUAAUACGUGGAAAGUAAGAGACUUUGACCCCGUAAUUGCACUUCUCGAAAAAUGGAAACCGCCAUUGCUACCAAGGUUUAUAUAUGACAAUAUAGUAGAUCAAUUGAUAAUGCCAAAAAUUCAAAAAGAAGUGGACAAUUGGAACCCAAGAGAGGACAAGGAAAUGAUACACCACUGGUUGCAUCCAUGGUUACCUAUUUUCGGAGAUCGAAUGGAACCAUUAUAUGUGAUUAUUCGACAGAAACUUAGAGUUGCGUUACGGACCUGGCAUCCAAGAGAUCCAAGCGCUUUCACUAUAUUAUUUCCGUGGAAAAAUGUAUUUCGCGAGACCGAUAUGCAAUCCUUUCUUCGCAAAUCCAUUCUUCCAAAGCUUGUUGAAGUAUUGCGUGAUGAAUUUGAAGUGAAUCCACGAGAUCAAAUUCUUGAUUCUUUCAAAUGGGUGACGAUUUGGCGAUUUCUGUUUCCUCCGGAAGUCCUUGGACAAGUUUUUGUUACAGAAUUCUUCCCCAAGUGGUUAGAUGUACUUUAUAUAUGGCUGACGCAUUCACCCAAUUAUGAGGAAAUAGAUCAAUGGUAUUCGUUCUGGGAGUCACAGUUUCCAUCCAAGUUGCUAUCUACACCUACAAUAAACGCGGGUUUUAAACAGGGUUGGCAUAUGAUAAAUCAAGGUCGAAUACUUGGUGAUCAAACCGCUACAAGACUCACUCGGCCAUCUCAAGUGCCUGAAGCGGCUGCAGAUACGUCAUCCAUACAGACCGCAGCAGUGCCCAUGGAAACGCAAACGAUGGCGGAAGAUUUUAGCUUUAGAGAAGUUGUUGAAGAUUUUGCUCAAGAACAUAACCAUCUGUUCUUACCAGCACAUAAAACACAUGCAGAGACAGGAAAGGCUUUAUUUCGAUUUGGUGGCACGGUACAAAGCACGGGAGGUGUACUUGUUUAUUUGGAUGAUGACGUUAUGUUUGCUCAGGAGGGGAAUGACUGGCUACCAAUGAGUUUUGACGAAGUUUUAGAAAAAGUUGAAAUUAUUAAUAGUAAUAACGGUCGAUAG